AUGAUAUCGUUUGAAUUAUCAAAUAUGUUAAUUCUAAUAUCAACAGGUAUUGGAUUACUAUGGGCUGUGUAUAAUGCAUUCAAACUAAACCAAAUAAAGAUUGGUACACCAAAUUAAUAUAAUAAUUUCCAGGAUGAUUACUAAGAUCAUCAUUCAUAACUUUUAUUAGAAAUAGCUUCUCACAUUGAAAGUGGAGCAGCUGCAUUUUUGGCUGCUGAGUAUAGAUAUAUUGGAGUUGUAAUUAUAUUAUUAGCAUUACUAAUUUUUUUUAUCGUUGAGCCAGUUUUAGGUUAAGCUUGGACUACUGUUGCAUUUUUGGUUGGAGCUUUAACAUCAAUUAUUUCAGGUUCAGAUAUAUAAUAAUAAAUAGGAUUUAUUGGAAUGAGAGUGGCUACUUUCUCUAACUAUCGUUGUGCUUACUGUGCAUAAACAAAAAUGACAGAUGCAUUUGCAGUUGCCUACAGAGCUGGAUGCGUUAUGGGUUUUGCAUUAGUUAGUUUUGCAUUACUAAGCUUAACAAUACUUUUAGGAGUCUAUAUAAAUUGGUUUAUAAAAGAUUACAGAGACUUUUAAUAAUUAUUUGAAGCAAUUGCUGGAUAUGGUUUAGGAGGAUCAGUGAUAGCGUUAUUUGGGAGAGUUGGAGGAGGAAUUUACACAAAAGCUGCUGAUGUUGGAGCUGAUUUAGUUGGAAAGGUAGAAAAUGAUUUCAAAGAAGACAGUCCAAACAAUCCAGCUACAAUAGCAGAUAAUGUUGGUGAUAAUGUUGGAGAUAUAGCUGGUAUGGGAGCAGACUUAUUUGGCUCAUUUGCAGAAGCUACAUGUGCAGCUUUAGUAGUAUGUAGUGUAUCACCAUCAUUUUAUUAUCAUCCAACUACUUUUUAUUAUCCAUUAUUAGUAUCAGCUGCAGGGAUAGUAGUGUAAGAGUUAAUAAAAUAUUAAUAGCUGUUUUAUAGUAUCAAUAAUUGCAUUUGUUGGAGAGAAGGAAAACUUUGAUUAAGUAUCAAAUGCAUUAAAAUACUAAUUGAUAUUGUCAACUCUUUUAAUGUUACCAGCAUUGUAUUUUGUAGCAAAUUUAACUUUGCCAGAGAGAAUUUUUGGAUUGGCACCAAUAGAUAGAUAACCUAUUCAUGCAUGGCUAUGCACAGCGGUUGGAUUGAUAAGUGGUUGCAUUAUUGGAUUUGUAACUGAAUAUUAUACAUCACAUUCUUAUAGACCAGUAUAAGAAGUAGCUUAAGCAUGUGGAACUGGAGCUGCAACAAAUAUCAUUUAUGGAAUAGCAUUAGGAAACUUAUCAACGAUAAUUCCUGUUUUUCUAUUAGCAUUUACUGCAUUCCUAUCAUAUUCUCUUUUGUCAAUGUUUGGAGUAGCUUUAAGUGCUUUAGGAAUGUUAUCUACUUUAACUAUUGGUUUAGCUAUUGAUGCUUAUGGUCCAGUAUCUGAUAAUGCAGGAGGUAUUGCAGAAAUGGUUGGAUAUCCAUAAGAUGUUAGAAAUAGAACAGAUUAAUUAGAUUCUGCUGGAAAUUGUACUGCAGCCAUUGGAAAAGGAUUUGCUAUUGGUUCAGCAGCAUUAGUAUCCUUCUCUUUAUAUGGUGCAUUCAUUACAAGAGCAUCUAAUUCUCUCAAUAAUCAUCCAUUAACAGAUUUAGGAGUCAAUUCUCCAUUAGUAUUUUUAGGACUUUUAAUUGGCGCUAUGAUUCCCUAUUGGUUUUCAGCAUUUACACUUAAAUCUGUUGGAAGAGCUGCCUUUGAAAUGGUUGAAGAAGUAAGAAGAUAGCUAGCAGAAAGACCUGGAAUAAGAGAUGGCAAACAAAAACCAGAUUAUGACAAAUGUAUUGCUAUCUCAACCAAAUCUUCUUUACAAGAAAUGUUUGCCCCAGGAUUAUUAGUCAUUCUUGUACCUUUGGCAUUAGGAUUAUUCCUUGGUCCUACAGCUGUAGCUGGAUUAUUACCAGGUAUUUUAGUAUCUGGAGUCUGCAUGGCCACAUCUUCUGCUAAUUCAGGUGGUGCAUGGGAUAAUGCCAAAAAGUUUAUUGAAGCAGAUCUGUGUGAAAUAGGUAAUUUUAUAUUAUGAUUUUUUUAGAUUAGAUUGUUAAAGGUAAAGGCACUGAUGAACACAAAGCAGCUGUUAUAGGAGACACUGUUGGUGAUCCUUUAAAAGAUACUUCUGGUCCCUCAUUAAAUAUUCUAAUUAAAUUAAGUGCCAUAUUUUCUUUGGUCUUUGCUAAUGUUUAUGAUAAAUCCGCUUGGUUAUUAUGUGCUAUGACAACUAUGAGUAGUGGUUGUCCAGCUUGAUGCUAAAACCGUCAUGAAAAAUAUCAAAUAAAUCAAAUUAUUUUAUCAGCUC